UUCUGCCUAGUGUAUGGAAGAAACCAAGCAGAGCAGAAUGAUUUGAGGCCAGAGAUAGAGGCCUUUGGAUUUUGAAUUUGAAAUCCAUGCUCAAAGUUGUUAAUAUAAAAGAUGUCUGUGUGUAACCAUACAAGCAUGUGUAUGUGAGAGAGCUGUUUACAGAGAGAUGUCUGUAUUGUUGUUGUUGUUCUUUUCCUUCAGUACCAUUUUAUCAAGUAAAGUGCAUAAAAGCAGAAUGUGUUGUACAGAAGGAGUGGGUCUAAGGGCAUACAGUGAUAGUGUGUAUAUACUAUUCAUGGAUGUACUGAGGAAUGUGAAAGUAUACAAAUGGGACAGUGUUGUGCAGGUAGCAGACUGUGGAGAAUAUGGAUUCUGCACAGUUUAGUAUGUUAAUAUUCUACAGUAUGGAAAGUUCAGACAUUUGUAUGUUCACACACAUAUGUUAAAUCUGUUCAGAAUCAGAAUAUUUGUGUGUUCAGCAGAUGACUUGAAGGUGUAUUUGUGCAAUGCAGAUUGUGUAAUCGGGUGCUGUCCUUGGAUACGUACAUCAUGGCCACAGUUCAAUGACCAUGCACAUGGAAGUUCAGAUACAUCUAAAAAGUCUGGUUGAACUUUCAGUAGCUUGGUAUGUUAGGUUUUGCAGACAUGUAAGAGCAGUAAUUGUCAAGCAGGUAGUGUGCUGGUACUAACAUACCAUGAAAGGACUGCUAACGUGCAGUGCAGUGAAAAAUAAAUAAGGAUAUAUUUAAAGGCUUUUGGGAGAUUCCCUGUGUGGCUCGGUGACUCCUUCCAAGUCAACCUCUCCACUGUGGGAAGAUCAUUUUGUCCUGGCCUCUGCCUGAAGUGUGGAUAGAUUUCCCAUCUUAUGAAGAGGUUGCCCAUCAUGUCUGUGAAUGAAUCAUUACCCUGGACUUGCUGUGUCCAGUCAGAAUGCAUGACUGGAAUUUCUGAACAGUGCUUCAAACAGAAACAGAGGAGCAGUCUCCUUUGAGGCAGAGCUUGAGAAAUGUAGGGCUUGGGAAAGGUACUUUUUGGGGAAACACAGUGCCUAGACCAGGCUUAAUGGCCAAAAGGGCUUGCUUUGCUAUUUCAUAUUUUAAAAACCAGUCCCUUUCACCUAUAAAAUAGAAGUGAAGCCCCAAGUUUAUUUCAGAUCAGAAAAGUUCUUCAGUUAAUCUGAGACACAUGGUGUAUCCUAGAAAAAGCUUAUCGUCCAAGCAUCCUGAUUUUAAGGAGGCAGUAUUUGUUUCUUCCACCCUAAAUCUUUUUCUCUGCUUUUGCUCAUGGCGGAUAAGGUCCAGUAUAGAUGUAUAUUUAAUUCAAGGCUUUAUAGAUAGUAAUAUAAGGCAAACAAAGAAAUGGGCAACAUUUAUUAUUUUUAAGUAAAUAAUUGAUAAAACAUUUUCCUCAGUCGAAAGCACACCAAAGCAGCAUGCAGAUUAGUGUGGCAUAGAUGUUUGAGUGUUGGACUGAGACUCUGGACACCAGGGUUUGAUUCCCCACUUGGCCAUGAAACCCACUGGGUGACCUAGGCUCAGUCACACCCUCUCAGCCUCAGGAGAGAACAAUGGCAAACUUCCUAUGACCGAAUCUUGGCAAGAUAGUCCCGUGAUAAGUUUGCCUUAGGGUUGCUAUAAGUCAGCUUGAAUGAACACAACAAUAACAAUUAUAUGCUGCUCUCUGACAAGUGUUAGGAACUGUACAGAAAGUUGAAAGGAAAAGGAUAUGGGGAAAGUGCAGCCUGUGAGCCACAUUAUCCCUCUCUGAGAUGUCUGUGGCAAUUGCCUAGGCUUCCUCCAGACUCCAACCCGCUCUCCAUUUUAUUUCUUUCAAUGUUUUGUUUUGUUUUGUUUUUUUGCUCCAAAAAAAGGUGCAGCUUGCUGCUCAUGGAACAGCAGUUUUCCCUUAUUCACACCCAUUGACUCUUUUCCCAACACCCAAUAAAAGUGUACUGAAAACAUGAAGUUGCAAUUAGAAGUGAUCUCUGGUUUUGCGUUUAGCGGAUGCCACUUGGAAGAACCCACUGAGCUCCUCGGGAUCCAAAAUGCACAGGACCACCAGGAUAAAAAUCACAGAGCUCAACCCACACUUGAUGUGCGCCCUGUGUGGAGGCUACUUCAUAGAUGCCACAACCAUUGUGGAAUGCUUACACUCUUUCUGUAAAACCUGCAUUGUCCGCUACCUGGAAACCAACAAAUACUGCCCAAUGUGUGAUGUUCAAGUGCACAAAACACGGCCUCUCCUCAGUAUCAGAUCAGAUAAAACCCUACAAGAUAUAGUAUACAAGCUGGUUCCAGGACUAUUCAAAGAUGAAAUGAAGAGGCGGCGUGAUUUCUAUGCAGCAUAUCCUCUGGCUGAUGUUCCUAAUGGAUCCAAUGAAGACCGGGGAGAGGUUUCGGAACAAGAGAAAGGGAACCUGACAGAUGAUGAAAUUGUCAGCUUAUCCAUAGAGUUCUAUGAAGGAAUCAGAGAAGAAAACAAAGGAACAGUUGAAAAUGGAAAUCUAGAGAAAGACAAGAAGAACAGCAUGAGAUUCCUCCGUUGUCCUGCCGCCAUGACGAUAAUGCAUCUGGCCAAGUUUCUCCGCAACAAGAUGGAUGUACCCAGCAAAUACAAAGUGGAAGUUCUUUAUGAAGAUGAGCCUCUAAAAGAAUAUUACACUCUCAUGGACAUUACUUACAUCUAUCCUUGGCGAAGGAAUGGUCCUCUUCCCUUGAAGUACCGCGUUCAGCCAGCUUGCAAGAGGUUAAAACUCUCCUCCCAGCCUCCCAACUCAGAAUGCACUAACACCAGUGGGGCAUCAGAGUGUGAAUCUGUCAGUGACAAGGCUAACAGUCCCGCCACCUUGCCAGCCACCACCUCCUCCUCCUUACCCAGCCCUGCCACACCUUCUCAUGGUUCCCCAAGCUCCAACACCACCACUGUAAGCAUUCCUGCCAACUCCACCUCUGGCGCGAUGCUCAAUGGGUCCUCGAACUGCCACCAGAUGCAGCCCUUGGCCAGCAGGGGACGCAAGACCAUGGUGAAUGGUGGUCCAGCGAUGUCGGCUCUGACUUAAAAAGCAACGAAUGGCUCUUUUGUCCUCCCCCUUGUUGGAGGAUCUUGAGUUUUAUAAAUAAGUAUAUUAUGUGUAGAUAGGGGUAAUGGUGGGUGGGAUGGGGAAAUUAUACAUACUUAUUUUCUAUUGAUUGAUUUGAUUUAAUUUAAGAAAAAAAAAUAAUGCAAAAGAGACAAAAAUUCAUUGUGUCCUCCCCUUUUUUAAUUUUUUAAAAAACAGAAAUGUGCUGACAUAACUGCAUGAUGGCAUCUGUGUAAAAGCUGCAGCCUUUUCUUGUUAAUAAUAAUUUUUAUUUGUGCCCUCAAUUUAUACUGAGACUAAAUGCACAGCCCCAGAGUGAGAGAGAAAGAAAAAUGCACAGCCUUAAACCUGCCAGACUUUUCUUUCCUUGAAGCACAUGUGGCUUUCUUGUGCUCUUUUGUCAUAGGACUGUAGCCCCACCUCUGAAUGCUUCAAGCAGACAUUCUCAUUCCAUUUACAGUGUCCUUCUAGACCCAUAUUCCUACAUCAACCUCUCAUUGCUUCUGCUCCAAAUUCUUACGGGACCAAGAUACAGUUUUAAAGUCAGAAAGGAGAUCUGGGCACACUUGUGUGCAUGUGUGUGUAAAAAGAGGUAAUAAGAGGGCUGGCAGGCAGUGCUGGCAUGGCCUGUGCAAUGUGAAAACAUAGCCUUGGGGAAUGGAGGGCCAGCACCACUAUUAGCAACACAACGAGUUGUGAAAGCAAGAGGCAGAGACAUGGCCCAGAAAUGUAAGGGUAUGAAUGUGGCUCUCAUGUUUUUGCAGAACUUGGAUCCUGCUUUGUAGAAACAGCAGUUCUCCAAAUUCCUCAGCCAGCAAGGAUUCUGGGAAUCGUUCAAAAUAACUUGCUCUGCCUUUGGUCAGUACUGAUGCCAGUUGCUUGUUAUCACCCUAGACCAAGCAGCCAGCAAAGCUGAUAGACAUUCUGGAGAGCUUGAGGAGUCUUAAAAAAUAAGCCUUUUCCAAGCUCUGAGUGCAGUUGGCAACACUGGCACUCUGGGUCUUGUGCUAAGCACAUAUUUGUUGGAGCAGUAUUUUAUUUUUAUUUCAUUUCAAACUUUCUUUCACUUAUGCAUGGUGUCUCUGCCUGCCUGUUUGUCUCUUGGAGUACAUAUGCACUUCAGAUUUAAUCUAGCUGUCAUAUUUUCCUAACAUAGAAUGUAGGAACUGUUGGGGCACUAUGAGUUCUUUCUUAGAGGUCUCUUGGCUUCUUGCUGGCCUGCAGUUCCCCAGAAUCAUCAUAGCUAAAAGUGGAAGCCUCCAUAUUUAAAAUGGCAGUUGCUGGGGACCAACAGCAGAGAAAAUCAACCACCUUCAUGCCCAAAUAUAUUUGUCUGACCACUGUUGAAGACAAGACUACUAGGUUCAUUGGAGUCUCCUUUAGAAAAACAACACACACUCUUCUACUUCCUUGGCAUGAGCUGUGGUAGCUGAAUGUGGUUUAAAUGGGUAGUGUAGAUCUAACCCAAGUUUGUGUUCCAAGAGUAACGAGCAUGUAAAACCAAGAGUGCAUGAAUCUUGGCUGUGGCAAAUUCCACUGUUCUGAAAGCUUGGGAAAAAUGCACUCCUUGAGUCCAUGGAACCCACUGAAAUUAGGAUCUGUGUCAUCUAAUUCUCAUCUUCAUUGUUACUUGCACAAGUGCCCAUGCUUGCAGUGCUUGGAAAAGUAAGUUUUUAAACAGCGGGUAGAAUCUUCCAACCAGCAUGGCCAGUGGCCACAUUUGCUGGGGCAUGUGGAAAUUCUAGCCCCCCAAAAGUGACUUUUCCCAGCUCUGUAUGCUUAGGGACAGUCAAGAGUCAGCUCAUCCCAAAUCUUGGGGUGAAAAUGUUUGUUACCUUUCUGCAUGUUUUUUCUCUUUGUUUUAAAAAAGAUCUUGUAAACUGAGUUUAAAAAAAUAAAUACAGUGCCUUUGAAAAGGAAACUUUAUUUAUUAAUGUGUGAAGGCAACAGACCAGAUUUGUGGUUUUAACUCUGGAGUGGGGAAAGGUAGUAUCUUUUCUUUUGCUGACAUUCAAAACUGCCAGGUAGAAACGCACAACGUCCGAUGAGAAGAGUUAUAUUCUUCUGUCAGCUUGAAUCCUCUUGCAUUUUUCUUAUACAGAAAAAAAAAUCUAGAGCGAUUCUCCCCUCCCUUUUUCUUGUAGGGUAGGAAGGGCUAACAUGACCCAAGCACAUUUUGUAUCCCUGGAUGUCAAAACCCAGGAAUCUUUAAUGGUCUUUCUCCCUCCUGGUUGACUCUUGAGAGCAGCUGAACUCACAAAGGUAGCCAAUGUUUGAAAAUCGUUUUUGAGGUGUAUUUAGGGUUUUCCCCCACUACUCAGUGAUAGUGUUAUGAUUCCACUUUAACUGCCGUGGCUGUAGCCUAUGGAAUCCUGAAGUUUGUAGUUUGUGGGGCACCAAGGCUCUCUGAGACUUCUAAAUACCUCUCCACCAAGAGCAAAUUCCCGAAAGUGGAAUCAUUGUGCUAUAAUUGUGUAGUGUGGAACAACCCCUGUUGUACAGAUAGGUGUACAGAAGCCAUGUUUGCAUGGAGCCAAGGAGGCGGAGAAGCAGAAAGUAUAUUCAGCAGUUUGGCAAUACAUCUGUGCUCUCCAGGUCUUAAACCACAUGUUCCAAUCUUUUGAACAAAAUCAUACUAGCCUAAUAGGAUGAAUGCAAGGCUGCUGUUGCUUCCUGGCUGCUACCUAUGGAAAGUAUUAAAAUAGAGGAAAAAAUGAAGCUUCACUAGGUUGUUCGUUGGACCUUGCACAAUGUGAUGUUUAAAGAACAAUGCAUUUCCUCCCCCUCCUUGUUCCUACUUUUUAUGAGCUAUAUUUAGAAGAAUAAUCCUAGCAUUGCAAAGUCCUGUCAUCUCACCCCAGUCCUCUCGUCCAGGCUUCCCCACAGGCAAGAGCAUAAAACUUGCCCUGCUGGGUCAGACCAAAAGUCUGACUGAGAUCCAAAGAAUGGCGUAGAUUUAUGUUGUACAGGGGAAUAGACUUUUCUUUCUCUCAACAUUUGAUGAUUCUAUUAUUUUCUUUGCUGACGCAUCACAAAUUGCUUUGGAACUUUUUCUCAUUGGUUUCAAAAGCAUUUUGCCUUCCAAGACGGAUGGCCUACUUUUUGGGAAUGGGAAAGAAACCCUUUUGUGGAUACUUGCCAGUGGUGGGCAUUGUGUUGGACAAGGUGUGGUGGUCUUCUCAGCAAUAGAUUGAGCAUGGCAGGAAAGGAUGUGUACCAUAGGGCCCACCUGCAACCCUAAACUAGCCUGCUAAGAUGUGGUGGACGAUGCUGUCCUGUCACCAGUCUGAUCAAUAUGUGGAAUGUGCAGAGCCACCAUUAAUGUCUUUCAUAGCAGGUAGCAAAGUUAUUUGAUAGCAAGAGGGAUGUGCUCUUGGGAUACUUUGGCAUACCAGGCCAAUAAUCACAGGUAGAGUAUAUCCAUAUCUCAGAGUUUGGGAAUAUUUGACACUCCAAACAUUUUGACCAACAGCUCCAUAUGAAAGAUGAAGGAACUUAGGAAUAUCUAAUGAAAUCCACAGAAGAAACUGGAGAUACAUCUCAAGAUGUCCCAAAGACGGUUGUUUUAUUAGCUUGAAAACACUAGUGCCUUUUGGUUUGUGUAGACUCUUAAGGCCUUCUUCAGUGACUAUAUAAAAUCAUAAGUACAGUAGAUAUUUUUAAAAAUCUACAAACCUCAGCCUUUGGUUGCAUGUUUUGACUUUUCCAUUAAGUGGUUUGAGAGGGCUUGAAUCAGGAAUAUCUGGAUUUUGACAUUAAAUAAGUAUAUACUGGCCAUAGACUGUGUACUAAUAAUUAUGGUUUUAUGUGAUGUGACAUCAUGUAUUAAUGUCUGUCUGAGAUGUGUCUCUAGUUUCUUCUUUGAGUCAACAACUCAGUAUGGACAGUGGAAGGGCUUUUCAAAGUUGUAGCCCUAAACAUAUGGAAGCUAAAGGUUCUUUGCACUUGCCAUAUAUCUUAAAACCCAGAACCUCCCAAAUGUUCUUUGAUCCACUGAUGGAAUGCUCUUAAUAUGAGGAAUACAUUUUCUAAGCUACUCUUCCCAACUCCCCUCUCUUUACUGCUUCUCCUUCCCUGGGGUUGCUGGUUGAGCAGUCUUUGUUCCUUCAUUAUUAUUCUUGAAUUCUUUUUUUAUAAUGUUAUGCUUACAAGAAAAUAAAAAUUGGGAGAACCUUGAGGGUUUCCUCUCCCGUCAUUCUGCAUUUUGUCAGAGUGCCAUAAUGUCAAGGGCAUGUUUCUAAGAAAACAGAAGAGACAUCAUAACUGGCAAGUCUGCCCAGCUUGACGCACUUGGUUGCUGUGGAAGUAGUAGUUCCCAUGUUUUCCAGAGAGGCAAAUUCACUAUGAGAGCGUCAGUGUGGUGGCUUGAGUGCUGGAGUAUGGCUUUGGAAACCAGGGUUUCAAUCACCACUUGGCUAUAAAAACCCAGUGGGUGACUUUAGGCAAGUCACACGCUCUCAGCCUCAGAGGAGGACAAAGGGAAACCCCUCUCUGAACAAAUCUUGCCAAGAAAAUCCCGUGAUAGGGUCGCCAUAAGGUGGAAAUGAAUUGAAGGCACACAGUAACAACAAAUUCAGUACAGUAUUGGAACUGCAUGCAUUUUACUUUCCUCAUAGCACUGAGGGCCCAGUUAGCAACUACUGUCCUGCUUUUAAAAGGAAGGCACUUCCCCUCUAUCACUCUAAAAUAGACAGCUGAGAAAUAGUUACUAGUGGUAUCAUUUGGAUCCCUUCUCUGUAGUUUGGCCACUGGCUAGGUUGUACCUAUCUCUCAGUGGGCCUGAUUUGGUUUUGAGGCCUCCUCCUGCACAGAAGUACAGGGAAGCUAGUGGAGACAAUAAACUGCCUUCUCCAACCCAGCACCCUCCAGAUGUCUUGAGCUACAAACUUCAUUAUCUCCAGCUGGCUGGGGAACAUGGGGACUGUAGUCUAGCACCUCUGGAGGCUCCCAGGUUGGGAAAGAUUGCAACAACAACAACAAAAAUGUGGCCAUGUUUCUCUCCUUUUCCUGUUGACUCUGACAUUUUAAUCUUGUGUUAAUGGCAAUACGUCCUGCUUGAGAUUUUGCUGGACUUUGAAAAUCCAAAAAGGGUUCCCUGUCUGUUCGUUCUCUUUGUACAUACCGAGUAAAUUGACCAAGGCGACUAAAGGGCCUCAUGGGUGUUUCUCUUCUUCCUCCUUCUCCUCGCCCCAUCCCUACCUUUUUGUACAUUUUUUUAAUAUGGUACAAGCCAAAUCGCUCUGUAUGUUUGCCAACCUGUACGAUGUUUUAAUGUGCUGUAAUAUAUUCUGAUAUUCAUAUAUUGUUAUUGGUUAAAACAUUUGUAUCAAUAACACAGUUUGUAAAUGGUAAUAAAUGCUACCGCUUUGUCCUUCA